AUGCACAUUGGCAUGCUGGCGCGCUUGGGCAAGCGACAGAUUCCGACGCCAAACGACCCCACGUACUGUGGAAGGCUGGUGAAAAUUGCUGCUGCGUACACUCAAGAAGGGAGAAAAAUGAACAUUAAGCCUUGGACUCUAAAGAGGCACUAUUUGUCGGUGUUACGCACCAUAAAGUCAGAUGCAAGCGCCGCCCUCAGAAACCGAGACGGUGAGUCUUCGUGUAUGAGUAUGAUCGGCAGCUUCGCGAUGGGAGCUAACCGAGGAUGA